AUGGCGUCGGCAAGCGCUUCUUCCAGAACGCCGCUCGCAUCACGGCAGUCGCAGAGUCGGACCUCAGACAACAGCGCAAGCUCGACCUCUUCACCACGGCCAAAACAGGACAAACGAAGGGCUGCCAAUCUCCUUCGCGAUUACUAUGGGCUCUCAUCGGAUGCCCCUGCACAGCCCUCGGCCAUAAGCCGCGACAAUGCGGGUAGUGACGGUCCUCCAGGACCAAAGAUCGAUCUGCACUCACUGCUCAGCUCCAAUAGCCUGAGCGUGCUGCUAAGCAAGGAGUCGGAACUCAUCGUCCAGAUCCGCGAACUCGAUGGCGAACGUCAAAGUUUAGUCUACAACCACCAUCAUGAGCUAGUCGCUGCCAGCGAUACCAUCCGAAACAUGAAGCUCAAAUCAGAAUCACUCGACCCUUCGCUCGACUCGCUCAAGACAUCGUUUGAGACCAUGUCGAAUCUGGCUUCCAACCUCGAAGUUCUACGCAAGUCUGCCUCCAGCACCCAGGCUACCGAACCAUCCAACACGACCGAUCUGGAUCCACUACGAGACCUCGAGCCCAUCGUCACGCUGCCAGAAACGCUCUCAGACUUGAUCGAGUGUCGAGUCAACCCGAACGGCGCAAAAGAGCAUGAUUCGGAAUCGAGAAAAGCGGGCUUGACCCAAGCCGAACAUUUGUGGGGUACGAUGGAGCCCGUAUUGGCAGCAUGGACAGACGCUGGAGUUGCAGGAGUACGCGAGAUUGCUGCCGAGUGUCGAAGCCUGCUCAAAGAUGGGCGUAAGGCGAUAGGAUCCUCUGCAACGGCGACCCGCUCGGGGUGA